AAGGAACAGAGUUUCUUUCGGGUUGGUCUGUUCUUUGGCGUUUGGUUUGGUUUUUGGCUGUUGAUUUUAGGUUUUGCUUAAGGUGUUUUUUGGCAUUUUUGGUUUUGGUUGUAGGUUUCAGGUAUUUUGGUCGGUUGGUUUCUUCAUUUCUUGCCUUCCUUUGGUGUUGGUUUUCAAGUGGCAUUUUGCUAGUAUGCUCGAGUUCCAUUUAAUCUUUGUUAAUAAAAUCUUUUUGCUUAAAAAAAAACAAAAAACAAAAGGAACAGAGAGGUAAUAUAAAUAGAGAGCUUCCUCGCUACAAACUUACCUGAAAAAACUCAAAUGGCGUUGCUAGGUUACUAUGAAAUCCUCAUAGCAUUCACCUGCUUUAUCCUUCUUUCUUUCUUCGGAACCGCCGAUGGGCUCGUGUGGAAUUGGCCGCUCGUUGGAAUGCUACCGAGUCUACUCCUCAACAUCGGUCAGAUUCAUGAAAAAUGCGCGGAUGUUCUAGGCAAAUCCGGGGGAACUUUUCUACUCAAAGGCCCCCGCUUCGCUAACAUGGACAUGUUGGCCACUGUUGAUCCAGCCAACAUACACUAUGUAAUGAGUUCUAACUUCUCGAAUUUCCCCAAGGGACCCCGAUUCCUAAGAAUAUUCGAUUUUCUUGGGGAUGGGAUUUUCAAUUCUGAUGGAGAUUCGUGGCGAAACCAGAGAAAGCUGGCUCGGUUGCUAAUCACUCAUCAGCGUUUCCACCAGUUUUUGGUCAAGACCAGCCAAGAUAAAGUGGAGAAAGGGCUCGUACCACUCCUUGACCAUGUCUCCAAACUAGGACUAGUGGUGGAUUUGCAAGAUUUGUUCCAGAGGUUAACAUUUGACACUACAUGCAUGUUGGUUACCGGUUAUGAUCCCGGAUGCCUCUCUGUUGAACUCCCUGAUGUUCCAUUCUCAAAGGCCAUGGAUGCUGCUGAGGAAGCUGUAUUUAAUCGUCAUGCCGUGCCAGUAAGCAUUUGGAAGCUCCAAAAAUGGCUAGGGAUUGGACAAGAGAAGAGAUUGAGCAAGGCUUGUGAAACCUUGGACCAAAUCAUAGCCAAGUUUAUUUCAACAAAGAAACAUGAAUUGAGCGAAGGAAACGAGCCGAUGAAAGAAGAAGAAGGUGUUGAUCUAUUAACAUCGUAUUUAAGUGAUGAUGAGGUCAUGGAUGGAUUGAAAUGCAACGAUAAGUUCUUGAGAGAUACUAUUCUCAGUUUCAUGAUUGCAGGGCGAGACACUACCAGCUCAGCUCUCACUUGGUUUCUCUGGCUUGUUUCAACGCACCCGAUUGUUGAGGCCAAGAUCAGAGAAGAACUCAAAACAACCAUACCGGAAAAAGCAGCUAACAAACGGCGGGUAUUCAGUGUCGAAGGGGUAAGCAAGCUAGUUUAUUUGCACAGUGCACUCUGUGAAUCAUUAAGGCUUUACCCACCAGUUCCAUUCCAGCACAAGGAGCCGUGUCAGCCCGACAUCCUUCCGAGCGGUCAUCGCGUCGAUUCAAAAAUGAAAAUAAUGUUUUCUCUUUAUGCAAUGGGAAGGAUGAAUUUCAUAUGGGGUGACGAUUGCUCGGAAUUCAAGCCAGAGAGAUGGAUUUCAGAGGGAGGAACAAUCAAGCACGAGCCAUCGUACAAGUUCUUGGCCUUCAAUGCAGGACCGAGGACUUGUCUAGGGAAGGAGGUGGCUUUCACUCAAAUGAAGGCGGUUGCUGCGGCUAUAAUCCACAACUACGAUGUUCGAGUGGUGGAAGGCCACCAUGUCCGCCCUAAUGUUUCCAUAAUUCUCUAUAUGAAGCAUGGUUUAAAGGUUAGAGUUACCAGAAGAUGGUCCUGAAGCUUAGUACUUUGUUAAUGCUAGCAAUUCCUACUUUGAUAUGUGUAAGAGUACGGGUAAUAGCCUUCUUGAUCUACAUAGUGUGCUAGCCUGGUAAUAUGCAAUAAUCUGUAACUUAACAAAUGCAAUGAAACCAGAAAAGGAUUCCUCUUA